ACACAAACACCAAUUUCCUCCAAUCCAAUCAACCCUAAAAACCCCAUUUUUCUCUAGUGUCGGUGAUCCACUUCAUUUUCAAACACCAUAAAAAAAAAUCCCAACCAAUUCACACCAUUGUUGAAUCCUUCAAAAAAAACCGCAACAAUGUCAUCAUCAACCAAGCCACCGCACUACGCCACAAGCGGUUUGGUGAUAGGUUACGCUCCCUGUUCAAGCUUGUUAGCGAUAAUCAACAAAUACGCCAUCACUCAAUUCAACUACCCUGGUCUCUUAACCGCUUUACAGUACCUCACUUCAGCUCUCGGCGUUUACCUUUUCGGAAAAUUAGGGUUUCUUCAUCACGAUCCUUUCACCAUUCCGAUCGCCAAGAAAUUCUUCCCUGCCGCACUCGUUUUCUUCCUCGCUAUCUUCACCAACACGAAUCUACUCCGUCACGCUAACGUUGAUACCUUCAUUGUUUUCAGAUCUCUUGCCCCUCUUCUUGUUGCUCUCGCUGAUACCGCUUUUCGAGGUCAACCUUCGCCUUCUAACCUUACUUUUUUCUCGCUUGUUGUUAUUCUUGCUGGUGCCGUUGGUUAUGUUGCUACCGAUUCGGGUUUUACUCUUACCGCUUAUUCAUGGGCUUUUGCUUAUUUGGUUACGAUUACUACUGAGAUGGUUUAUAUCAAGCAUAUGGUUAUGAGUCUUGGGUUGAAUACUUGGGGUUUUGUUCUUUAUAACAAUGUCUUGUCUUUAAUGAUUGCUCCUUUCUUUUGGUUUCUAACUGGAGAGAAUUUUGAGGUUUCGAAUGCGAUUAAUUCGAGUACCGGGAGUUUGUUUGAGAUGAAUGCGUUUCUUGCGGUUUCUUUGUCUUGUGUGUUUGGUUUGCUUAUCAGUUUCUUUGGAUUUGCUGCGAGAAAAGCGGUUUCGGCUACUGCUUUUACGGUUACUGGGGUGUACACUGAUUUUGGUAGCGGUAUAUCUCAUAGACCGAUCGAAGAUUUGGCAUACUCAGUUGCAAGAUUCAUACAAAAUCGCGGCUCCUUUGUUAACUACUACAUGUAUCAUGGAGGGACUAAUUUUGGUCGAACAUCGAGUGGUCUUUUCAUUGCAACAAGCUAUGAUUAUGAUGCUCCUAUUGACGAAUAUGGACUUGUGAAUGAACCAAAAUGGGGACAUUUGAGAGACUUGCAUAAGGCAAUAAAACAGUGUGAGCCAGCUUUGAUUGCUGUGGAUCCUACGGUCACAUAUUUCGGGAAAAACCUCGAGGCACAUGUGUACUACAUAAGUAGUAGUGUUUGUGUUGCAUUUCUUGCAAAUUAUGACACGAAAUCGGCUGCAACGGUUACGUUUGGAAAUAGCCAUCAUGACCUUCCACCUUGGUCUCAAUAG